GCGCGAGCAAAUCAUAUGGCGGGCGUAAACAAGACAGUCUUUGUCACUGUAGGCUCGACAAAGUUCGACAAAUUCACCGAGGUUUUGGUCACCCCAGGCGUUUUGAAGGUACUGAAAAGUCGAGGUUACACCCGGUUGAAGAUCCAGUACGGAAAUGGCUCGUUUAUUCCUCCGGACUGCAGUCUGGAAGGCGUGCAAAUCAGCUCGUAUCGGUUCAAGGACUCGCUCCAGCAGGACAUGUCCUCUGCAGACCUGAUCCUGAGCCACGCAGGAGCCGGCACGUGCCUCGAGGCUCUCGGACUGGGCAAGAAGUUGGUCGUGGUUGUCAAUGAAGACCUGCAUGACAACCACCAAGUGGAGCUUGCCCAGAAAUUCGCCGAGCUAGGCUACCUCUUGUAUUGCACUUGCGGCACUUUAUUUAACAUGUCAAGGCUGCUUUUAAGUUUGACUGGCAGUUUGUGCCAGCGAGCUUCCGGGAUUCUAGCCUUUAAAAGGUGUGCAGGUCACAGCAAGUGGCAAAAUAUCAGACACAUUAAGGCACUGAAAGAUAGCCAGAAGAGUAAUAUGUUCCAAAAAUAUUCUCAACAGAUUAAGGGUGCCAUCAUAGAGGCUGGUGGAAAUGCUGAUCCAAAGACGAAUUCAAAAUUGAGGAGCAUCAUUGACCAGGCCAAGAAAAGUAAUAUGACUGUGGACGCCAUUGAGAGGGUUAUGACUAGAGCAAAGCAGAGUCAAGAUUUAGGAAAAUCUGCUUUUGUGGAAUUGAAAGGACCAGGAGGUUGUUGGCUAAUUUUGUCUGUUGUCACCAACAACGUAAAUUCACUCAAAAGUCAGCUCAAAGGCGUCUACAGAAAGUGCCUUUUCCAAGAGUCGUCGGGUGGGGCCAAAUCCUUGUUCGAACAUAAGGGUUUCGUGGUUGCGAAACCGAAAUCUGGACCACCCUCCGUGGAAGCAAGCCUGGAGCAUGCCAUUGAGGCUGGCGCGGAAGACGUUAUAUUUAGAGAGGAAGACGGACUAUUAGAGUUUCAGUGUGAUCCUGCUGACUUGCUACAGGUACAAGCACUGUUGAUGCAGUUCAAGUACGACGUCAUCGAGUCAUCAAACAGAUUCAUCCCCCAUUCAAAGGUAAAGCUGCCCGACGACGUUCUUAUGGCAAUAUCAGAUAUGUGCGAUAAUUUGUUACAAUUGCCAGAAGUUGUGGAAAUUUCGGACAACAUAGAAUAAAAUUCGCAACUUGUUUACAAAACUACAACA